AUGACACUACAGAAGCUCCCGCAGCAGAAUGCUGCGGGGCUAAAUGACCAGCAAGCGAACAUCCGCGAACUAGAGAAUCUUUUCGACAACGAGGAGCAGGAGAGUUCUACACGUAUAGCGGCACCUAUCGCGGACUUUCGUCGUGAACUGCAGAAUCUGCGUGCCAGGAGAUAUCUGUGCGAUGUGCUACUGAAAGGUACAGAAGAUGGCUCCUUUGGAAUUCCUUGUCACCGCAGUAUUCUCAGCGCCCACAGCGAAUACUUCCGCACCAUGUUCCUGUCGGGAAUGAAGGAAGCCAGGCAGGAAGUCAUACAACUGCACAACAUCUCCCGUGAUAUCCUCUCCAAGUUGGUUGAAUACUGCUACAUGGCGGACAUCCCCAUCAACGGAAGUAACGUGCAGCCUAUGUUCAUUGCUGCGAAAUUUUUGAACAUGACCCCCGUCGUGGAUGCCUGCUGGGAAUAUAUGGAGGAUCACAUAGACGUUCGAACCUGUUUGACGCUGUACUGUUUCGCCGAUUCCGUUGCCCAUAAGAAUUCUGCAUUAGCGGUCAAGGCGAAGUCGUUAGCCCUAAAACAUUUUGUGGCCCUCUCACAAGGAGCGGAAUUUCUGGAAAUGCCGAAAUAUACGGUACAGUGCAUACUUCAUAUUGACUGUUUGUGA